AUGUGUGAUAAUUGUAUAAUGACUAUAAGUGGUCAUAUUCAGUUUGGUUUAUUAUCAGAAGAAGAUAUAGUUAGAUUAUCACAUGUUCAACUUGUUAAUAGAGAAUUAUUCGAUCUUUUAAAAAGAAAACCACAACCAUAUGGUGUUUUAGAUAAUAAAUUAGGUACUAGCGAUAAACAACAAAACUGUACAACAUGUGGUCUAAGUAUUGUAGAUUGUGUAGGUCACUUUGGUUAUAUUAAAUUACAAUUACCAGUAUUUCACAUUGGUUAUCUCAAAAAUAUUAUGAAUAUUUUACAAAUGAUUUGUAAAAAUUGUUCAAGUAUUUUAUUAGAUGAAGAAAAAAAAUCAACAUAUUUAAGAAAAAUGAGAAAUAAGAAAUUGGAUAAUUUACAAAGAAAAUCAUUAUUAAAAAAGAUAUUUUUAGAUUGCAGAAAAACCAAGGAAUGUUUCAAAUGUAAAUCAACAAAUGGUAUGAUCAGAAAGAGUGGUGCAUUCAAAAUUAUUCAUGAAAAAUAUAAAGGAAAACAAGAGAAUUUACAGGAAUACUAUGCAUUAUAUGAUGAAGCAGUUAAAUAUAAUCCAGAAAUGAAAUCACAUAUUAAAAAAGCACAAGAAGAUUUAAAUCCAUUGGUUGCAUUGAAUCUUUUUAAAAAGAUUUCAUACCAAGAUAUAGAAAUUAUGAAUAUGAACCCAAUCGUUGGUAGACCAGAACGUUUAAUUUUAACAUACAUGUUGGUUCCACCAGUUUCAAUUCGUCCAUCAGUUCCAAUGGAUGGUGGUAGUGGCACCAAUGAAGAUGAUUUAACAAUGAAGCUUUCAGAAAUUAUUCAUAUCAAUGAACAUAUUCGUACCAAUGUUGAUCGUGCCGAGAUGUAUUCAAUUAUGGAGGAUUGGGAUUACCUUCAAGCAACCUGUGCAAUUUAUAUUAACAGUGAUGUUCCAGGUUUACCAUUACAAAUGAAACCAACAAAACCAGUUCGUGGUUUAUCUCAACGUCUCAAAGGUAAAACUGGUAGAUUCCGUGGUAAUUUAUCCGGUAAGCGUGUCGAUUUCUCUGGCCGUACUGUAAUUUCACCAGAUCCAAAUUUAAAUAUUGAUGAAGUAGCAGUUCCACAAUUAAUUGCUCUCACUAUGACUUAUCCAGAACGUGUCUCUGAUUAUAAUAUCGAACGUCUUCAAAAGUAUGUUAUUAAUGGUCCAGAUCGUCAUCCAGGUGCAAACUAUAUCAUUUAUCAAGAUGGUGUUAAAAAAUGGUUAAAAUUUGGUAAUCGUGAAAAAUUUGCCGCUGAACUUAAAGUUGGUGAUAUCGUAGAAAGACACAUCAUCGAUGGUGAUAUUAUGUUAUUCAAUCGUCAACCUUCACUUCAUAAACUUUCAAUUAUGUCCCACAAAGCCAGAGUUAUGCCAUGGAGAACUUUACGUUUCAACGAGUGUGUAUGUACACCAUACAAUGCAGAUUUCGAUGGUGAUGAAAUGAAUAUCCAUUUACCUCAAACCGAAGAAGCCAGAGCCGAAGCAACUAUUCUUAUGGGUGUAACCAAUAAUUUAAUCACUCCAAGAAAUGGUGAACCAUUAGUUGCCGCUACCCAAGAUUUUCUUACUGCAUCUUAUUUAAUUUCUCGUAGAGAUGCUUUUUACGAUCGUUAUCGUUUCACAUUAAUGUGUACUCAUUUUGCUGAUGCAAAUGAACACAUUGAUCUCCCACCACCAGCUAUUUUAAAACCAAUCGAGUUAUGGACUGGCAAACAAAUUUUUGAAGUUCUUUUACGUCCAUCAGUUAAAUCCCACGUAUUGUGUACAUUCGAAACCAAAUCAAGAACCUAUUCCAAGAACUUAUAUAUGUGUCCAAAAGAUGGUUAUGUUUACUUUAGAAACUCAGAGUUAAUGUGUGGCUCGAUCGAUAAAUCAAUUAUUGGUGGUGGUAAUAAAAAUUCAUUGUUCCAUAUUCUUAUGAGAGAUUUUUCACCUUCUAUCGCAGCAAAUUCAAUGACCCGUUUAGCUAAACUUUGUGCUCGUUUCUUAGGUGAUCAAGGUUUCUCUAUUGGUAUUCCAGAUGUCCAACCAGCUCCAGAUUUAGAUCAAAGAAAGAGAGAUAUCAUCGAAACAGCAUAUUCAAAAUGUGACCAAUUUUUAAAAGAUUUCGAAAAUGGCAAUCUUCCAGUAGCAUCAGGUUGUAGUAUGGAACAAACAUUCGAGGCUAAAAUGAAUCAAACUCUCUCACAAAUUCGUGAUGACUGUGGUAAACUUUGUGUCAAUGACUUACCAAAUUAUAAUAGUCCAUUGAUUAUGGGUCUUUGCGGUUCAAAGGGUUCAAAUAUUAAUAUUGCUCAAAUGAUUUGCUGUGUAGGUCAACAAAUUGUCAAUGGUACCCGUAUUCCAAAUGGUUUUACAAAUCGUACUACACCACAUUUCCUUCAUUUCCAAAAGAAUGCCAAAGCUAAAGGUUUUGUAUCAAAUAGUUUCUAUACAGGUAUGAUUCCAACCGAGUUCUUUUUUCACACUAUGGGUGGUAGAGAAGGUUUAGUAGAUACUGCUGUAAAGACUGCUGAAACUGGUUACAUGCAACGUCGUUUAAUGAAGGCUCUCGAAGAUCUUUCAACACACUACGAUUACACUGUACGUGAUUCUUUUGGUGGUAUUGUCCAAUUCUGUUAUGGUGAUGAUGGUUUGGAUCCAGCUGGUAUGGAAGCUAAAGAUAGACCAGUCGAUUUCCUUCGUGCUAUGCAAGCUGUCAAAUCAACUAGACGUUGUAUUAAUGAACGUGCAUUAUUACCAUUCGAAAUUCGUAAAAAGGUUGAAGUAAUUAUCAAAGGUAAAGCAUUUGCAGAAUGUACAGAUCUUUUCAAAGAGGAAAUUUUAGAAUUCUUUAUUGGUAAACCAAAGCAAACUGGUUAUAUUGAAGAGUUGAUAAAGUUAAGAAAUCAAUUUGGUCUCAAAGAGUACACUGAAGAUACUGCAAACAUUGAAGAUGCACUCGAAAGAGAAAAUGAAGAACUAUCAAUAGAUGAAAGAAUAGCAAGAGAAAGCAACCAACAAGUUGUUGAUCAAAUUCAUAGAAUUACAAGUACCCAAGUCGAGUUAUUCCUUGAUAUUUGUCUUGAUAAAUAUAACAGAGCUAAAAUUGAACCAGGUACUGCCGUAGGUGCUAUCGGUGCUCAAAGUAUUGGUGAACCAGGUACUCAGAUGACUUUAAAAACUUUCCAUUUUGCUGGUGUAGCUUCUAUGAAUGUAACACUUGGUGUACCAAGAAUUAAAGAAAUUAUUAAUGGUGCUAAAAAUAUUUCAACCCCAAUUAUCACUGCAAGUCUUAAUUGUGACAACGAUAUUAGAUCCGCUAGAAUUGUUGCUGGUCGUAUCGAAAAAACUACUCUUGGUCAUGUUGCCGAGCACAUCAAAGAAGUAGUUAAAAGAGGUGGUUGUUAUCUCUCAAUUAAAAUCGAUAAGAAAUUUAUUGACUCAUUACAAUUAGAAAUCAAUGCUAGAACCAUUGCCCAAUCAAUUCUUUCCACAAAAGGUUUAAAACUUAAAGUAGAUCAAGUUAGUGCCUUAUCAGAAUAUAAACUCCGUAUCACACCACCAGGAAAUUGUCGUGAACAAACCCUUUAUUAUCUUCAAUCACUUAAAAACAACUUGCCAUCAGUUAUUGUCAAAGGUAUUCCAACAAUCAAUCGUGUAGUUAUUAGUAAAAUUGACGAAAAACAAGAACGUUAUCAAUUAUUGGUCGAAGGUUAUGAUCUUCGUGCAGUCAUGGCAACAUCAGGUAUUAAAGGUACCCACACCACCUCUAACCACAUUAUGGAGUGUGAAAAUACUUUAGGUAUUGAAACUGCUCGUAAUACAAUUAUGUCAGAAAUUCAAAUGAUUAUGACAUCGCAUGGUAUGUCUAUUGACGUUCGUCAUGUCAUGUUGUUAGCAGAUUUAAUGUCUUUCAAAGGAGAGAUUUUAGGUAUCACCCGUUUCGGUAUCGCUAAAAUGAAAGAAUCUGUACUCAUGUUGGCUUCUUUCGAAAAAACAACCGACCAUCUUUUUGAUGCUGCUGUUCACCAUCGUCAAGAUGAUAUUGUUGGUGUCUCAGAAUGUAUUAUUAUGGGCUCUGUAAUUCCAUUAGGUACCGGUUUAUUCAAAUUAUUAAGAAAAUCAAAUAAAAAUAAUUUACCAAAGAAAUCAUUACUUUUAGAUGAUAAGUAA